GGAUGCGGAAGAUGCCUCGCCUUGACUCAUCAUCGUCUCGCAGCGUCUGCGUUGCUGGUGCAGAAGGAAGCAUUGAAAACCUCAGCCACAUGCUAUUUAUAUAAAGCUCUACUACAGCGAGUUCACUUGUUGGUCCUGACGUCGACAUCAGCCAUUAUUGUUUUGGACGAGAUUUGGAGAGUUGGGUGUUCUGAAGCCUUGAACGAGGAGAACAGUUUUCCCGUCGUGGCCAGGGCUAUUGCUGACAUAUUAGGGCGUCAUCGAAAUUAACGCUAUCAUGUCGAGUCACAAGAGCAAGAAGCGCCAUCGCACGCGCACACAGAGGUACACCUCUAACAUCUUCGCCAUGUUCAGUCAAGAUCAGGUACAGGAGUUCAAGGAAGCCUUCAACGUCAUAGACCAAAAUCGUGACGGCUUCAUCGACAAGGAGGACUUGAUAGAAAUGCUUACCUCCCUUGGCAAGGAUCCCCCGGAUGAGCAACUCGAGGGCAUGAUCAAAGAAGCGCCGGGACCGCUAAACUUUACCAUGUUCCUGACGAUGUUCGGGGAGAAACUACAAGGCACAGAUCCAGAAGAUGUGAUCAAGAACGCUUUCGCCUGCUUCGACGAAAGGAAUACAGGUGUCAUUCCAGAGGACUACCUCCGUGAGUGCCUAACUACAAUGGGUGAUCGCUGGAGCCAGGAUAUGGUGGACGCUCUGUUCCACUGCGCUCCCAUCUCUUCGGGAAACUUUGACUAUAACGAGUUCACCCGAACCAUCAAACACGGCACGCGCGACCCUGACGACGAUGACCCCCCUGCGAAGCCUCCUGCGCAAGAGCCGUCGGCAUGAUGACGUAGUCCUCUCUGAUUGUUUUUUUUUUUAGAUACGUGUUUACAUAAUAAACCAAGUGCAAUGAGUUUGUAACUUCUGAUCAUCUGUUUUAUUCCAGCACAUUUUCCGUCGACAUGCAGAUUUGUUGAGUGUGGCUAAAGUCAUUGUCAGUCGUUGAAGUGUAAAUUACAUUUUCGGUUUAUGAAAAUAAUAAUCCCACGACGGCAUCCGUACAGUUAUCUACUUGAUGAAUUGUUUGCAUGAUGGCUUUAAUCACUGUGGUUAUGUAUUUAUUUAUUUGAUCUGUGUUUUACGCCGUAGUCAAAAAUAUUUCACUGAUACGACGGCGACCAGCAUUAUAGGGGGAGAAAACUGGGCAGAGCUGGUGGAAAUUCAAAGCGACUGCAUUGCUGGUAGGUUCCUGUGUUAUUACGUCAUGCUAGCGCGCUAAUCACCUCGGCACUGCCGUCAUAACUCUUGGCAAAGCUAUAUUCAACAGGCUUUGUCUCCGCAUAGGAGACUAUUUUUCUCUUUUUUUUUUCUCUUUUCCAGCUAUCAUUCUUUUUUUAAGUUUUUGUUUAAAUUGGGAUACAAUUUCGUAAAUGAGAACGUUUCAC